GAAGAAUAUGUGUUAAGUAUGUUAAAUAUAUUUUUAGCAUACAUAAAUUAUUGAAAUUCAGACGAUUUAAAAAAAAAUUUUAAUUUUCCCAGUCUCCUUCGUUUGGUGACCUAAACUAUACAUAUAUCGAGAUUUCUACUAUUUCCAUUCUCCACCUAAAUAUUUGUCAUCCUCACAAUUUUAAACGGUUGAAGAGUGCAAACAUGCGUUAUAUCAGCUAGAACAUACAUAUCCGACGCCAUUUCAGAAUGAUUAUUUUAUGAUAGCAAAUUCCCACAGAAGAAAAUUGCCAACCUUAAUGGCAAUGUAUUUGACAGAUGGUCGCAAUGUACAGCCGCCUGUGAAGAUGCGGUGUUACUAAAACAUUCUGGCAACUACGAACAUCGCUAUCUGUUCGAUUCCAGUAAUUUAUCUUCACUUCUGUUUAGUUCUGACAAUCUAUAAGAUAUUAAGUUAAAGAAACAAAAUUGCUUUUUCUGAAAGUUGUGAAUUUGCUGAAAUAUGUUUUAUAUGCAAAAUAGUAUAUUUGAUAUAACAAGAUCAAUAUAAAAAUGGAAUUAUCUCCUAGUGGACAGUCUGUUGAUAAAAAACCAAUUUUAACACCAGACGGACUUAUACAAACUUCAAACUCUUCCGAAAACAACACAGAGGACGAACAAGCAUCCAAUCCAUCGUCACUGGCAACAGGCCAAAGCAUAAAUUUGACAGCGAUUUUACCCGUCAUAUACGAAAUUAUUCGUUGUGUCGAAAAGGACCCCCUUGAUAACGCAACCAAACAACGGGAAUCCCAAGAGUGUAGUCAAAAAAUAAUAGAAUUGCAAAAACGUUUCGACGUUGCAAGAUCUGAAGUAAAACAGUUGCCAGGUAUAGACUACAAUAAAGAAGAGCAGCUUCAACGUUUAGAACUUCUCCGAAACCAGUUAAAGCUUAAACAACAACUUAUCCGUAAAUAUAAAGAUAUUCAGCUUUAAAAAAAGUACGACACGUAAUCCACAAUGGUAUUUCGAUUCUUGCUACGUUAUUUGGCUAAUAAUGAACAGUUAAUUCAGCGCAUGGCUGAGAGUUAUCCAAUGCGUCGUGCUGCUCAAAUGGUUGUAUCCAUCAUGUAUCGUACUAAGAAUAUGGUUGAGGAGCGUAGAAUUCAUGACAUGACUCCGGAGCGUUUCAAGUCAUUCAUGGCAAUUUUUAAAACCAAUCUUAAGAAAGAAAUUGAAGGUGUGAAGGAUGAAAUCAAAAAGAAACCGUUUUAGAAAAUCUAUAUAGGUGCACGUAACUGGUCUUAGUCUAACUGAAUAUAUUGAAACGAGUAAUUCAGACAUUUGGAUAACGCAUAAAUUUAAAAAAAUGUGAAACAGUCCAAUUUAAUAAAUAUGUAUGUACGAGGUGUGUUGAAUGUAAAAAGUUGAGUUUUAACAUCUAUUUUCCAAACACUAUAUGUUUAUCAGUAUUAUUGCUGGCCCUUUUGAGCUGGCCGCAGUACGCGAACGAUAUUUAGAGUCACACCUACUGUGUAUAAAAAAAAACCUGCAUAUAUAUUUUAAGAAUACACAAUACAAUUUUGAAUAAAAAAAUAUUUUUCGAACUAUCCCCGAUCUCCGGCGGCGCUAAAAAAAAAAAGGCCCUCCACUGCUGUUCUUGCUACGGUUGAAACAAAAUCAAAAAUCAACAAUAUGGCGGUUUUAAAAAAAUGUUGCAUUGUACCCUAAAUAAAAUUUUAAUAGUGGUCGCAUUAUUUGUUCAUCUUCCUGAGUAAGCACUGUAGCAAAUUCGAAAAAUCGCUAUUUCGAAAAUAGCGCGUUUAGUACGGUAUUUUUAAAGGUAUAGGGACUUUUCGGUUAUGCAGUAAAUACAGGCAACAACGGCGCAUUUGAAAAUUUGCAUUUUCAAACAUAAAAAUGUGCGAAAUAUAUUUAAUUAAUAUUCUCACGGACGAAUUAUAUACUUACAUAUGUAUAACAUAAAUCACAUUAGUUGCUAGCACAGUUGGUUUAGAUGUAAUUUUUGUGAAACUACUUUCAAAUGUGCAAGUUUUGCGCAAUAGCUAAGAUAGUGAUGCUUUUUAACUUUUAAUUUUGGCAAAGAUGUCAGAUUUGCCUUUUUGAAUUGGUUGCAUCAUGCAUACUGCGCAGUAUGCAUUACCGAAAACACCCAUAGACUAUCGAAAUAUGCAAAAAUAUUAAUUAUUUUUAAUUUCGCAAGGUGUGCCUCUUAAGUCAUUCUAAACAUUCUUGAUACACAUCUUAUGUAUAAAACUUAACUUAUGCGGCACUGGCAAUCGAGUAUCAUCAGCAACUUCUCUCAUCUUGUUUAAUUUCUUUGCUUUUUGAUACAAUAUUGUAGGCGAAUUCUUCGAGUAUUUUCUAUUUUUCAUAUUUUUAGGAAACUUGUUACAGUUUGGGUAGCUUCAAACCGGAUCCAACAUUUUUAUACAAUACAUCUUUCAAAGUUAUUAAGAUCAUAAUAUGAAGAAUAGCCAAAUACUAGCGCAUUCUAAGCGGAAUAUAAAAUGUGAUAAUUUAUUUAAGAAGCACUUAUAAAAGAAAAAGAAAAAAACCAAAACUAAAUAUUUUCACUCAAUUAUGCCUAUCAUUGCCAAUCGUCUUCGAAUCGCCACUCGCCAUGACUAUUUGACUGCUUUACAUUACAAUGGCCUUCAUAUUCUCUCUUUUAUUUUAGUCUAUUUCAUUUAUACCACAAAGCUACUUAUAA